CCGGGCUAUCGUCCCCCAGCACCUGCACUGCGAGGAUUGGGAUGUUUAUAACCUCGAUCAGCCGCUGAAUUAGCUCUCCCAUCUUCCUUUCCCUCAACAUCUCCACCUGAUUGAUCAUCGCCCUCAUUAUCGUUACGUUGCAGAAUUUUUGUGCAUUGUCUGCUAUUGUUUACACGCCAGCCCAUCCGAUCAGUUGCACUACCCAUUGUUCAAUUGUACCACCCACCGCCAUGUCUGCACCUCAAAAGCCAGCUGCACAGGCCGUGUACCUGCUGCCAUUAACGGAUGCCGGCGCUCCAGACGUGCCAGGAACAUACAUCUACCUACCACCGCCAACCGAACCUGCGUACAGUGUGCGCUUCCAGAUCCAGGGCACCAGCUCGAUAUGUCGUCAAGGCAGUCUCUGGGUGAACAUCCCUGCCAAGGGUGACAAGUUCAAGAGGGACCAGUACCGCGAGUUCAAACUGACGCCCGACUUCAAUGGCAUCACGGAAAUCGAUGUCCCCAUUUACGAGGCCAACGCCUUCUCCUUCUACACUACCUACACGCCGCUGCCACAGUGGUCCUUCACAAACGUCGCCUCCCCCGAGCCCACACAGACGUCUACAUACUACAUUGAUGUGUGUCCGCGCCUCACGCUUCAGGGCCAGCAGCUGCCGGUCGAGGCCGUCAUCCUCUUCUCAUGUCUGUCCAAAUUCAUGGGUAACUACCCCACCGACUGGGACAACCAUCUGCGCGGCAUCAGCCAGCGCGGUUACAACAUGGUGCAUUUCACGCCGCUCAUGAUUCGCGGCGACUCCAAUUCACCGUACAGCAUUUACGAUCAGCUACAGUUCGACGAGGCCUCUUUCCCCAAUGGGGAAAAGGACGUCGCCCGUAUGGUCGAGAAGAUGCAGACCGAGUUCAACAUGCUGGCCAUGACGGAUGUCGUUUGGAACCACACGGCCAACAACAGCAAGUGGCUCGAAGAGCACCCAGAGUCAGGCUACAAUGUUGAUACGGCACCCCACCUGCGACCAGCCCUCGACCUCGACACCGCGUUGCUCAAGUUCAGCAAGGCUCUUCACUCGCAUGGGCUUCCCACCAAGCUCAACAAUGUGGAUGAUCUCCUCAAGGUCAUGGAGGGCGUCAAGACGCACGUACUCGGCGAGUGUAAGCUGUGGGAGUACUACGUGGUCGACAUUGAGCGAGACACAAAAGCCAUAAUCGAGAAAUGGGUUGCAGGUCAAGCCACUUUCCUCGAUGGCAGCUUUAGUGAGGCUGGUCUUCGCGGUCUCGACGUCGUCAAAAAUUGGUCGCUGAAGCAGAAGGCCGAUUGGCUAGUCGAACAUGCUCUCCGUGGCGGCGACAGGAUGGGCGAACGCUUCCGCCGUAGCAUCGACCCCUCGAUCGGUGCUGGACUUUGCAGCGCUCUGUUUGGUCGUUACGAUAGCAGUGCACCAGAUGAGAGGGCAGCCCAAGACACCUUCAAGAGCAUUUUGAACGAACUCAAUCUUCCUUUCUACCGCGAAUACGAUGGAGACGCGGCAGAGAUUAUGGAACAGCUUUUCAACCGAACCAAGUACGUUCGCAUUGACGAUCACGGUCCCAAGAUGGGCGAGAUCACCGAUUCGAGCCCGCUCAUCGAGAGCUACUUCACCCGCCUGCCGCUCAACGAGAUUACCAAGAAGCACAACCCCGAAGCCCUCGCGCUGGUGAACAAUGGCUGGGUCUGGGCGGCGGAUGCUUUGAGGGACAACGCUGGACCCAAGUCUCGCGCUUAUCUGAGGAGAGAAGUUAUUGUCUGGGGUGACUGCGUCAAGCUCCGUUAUGGAGAUGGCCCGCAAGACAACCCGUAUCUCUGGGAACACAUGGCCAAGUACACCCGUCUCAUGGCCAAGUACUUCCAAGGUUUCCGCAUUGACAAUUGCCACUCUACGCCUAUCCAUCUUGCCGAGUACAUGCUUGAUCAGGCACGACUUGUCAACCCCAACGUCUUUGUUGUUGCCGAAUUGUUCUCUGGCUCUGAGGAGAUGGAUUUCAAGUUUGUUAUGCGUCUUGGAAUCAGCGCACUUAUCCGCGAGGGCAUGCAGGCUUGGAGCACGCAAGAGCUGAGCAGACUUGUCCAUCGCCAUGGCGGUGUACCGAUCGGCAGCUUCGACACAGACGAAGUGCUCAAUGCCGAUAACGCAACAGCUACUUCCAGUUCAAGUGGGUCCGAGACUCAUCCAGUCAUCAAGAAGAUCAAGCGCAGUCCCGUUCACGCUCUCUUCAUGGAUUGCACUCACGACAACGAGACACCCGCUCAGAAGCGAGACGCUCGCGACACGCUGCCCAGUGCCGCAGUCGUGGCCAUGUGUUCUUGCGCUACCGGCAGUGUCUUUGGCUUUGACGAAGUGUACCCUGAGCUGAUUGAGCUUGUCCACGAGAAGAGACUCUAUUCUUCGGAAAAUUCCACCAGCGAGCCUAUCAAGGCACAAGCCGGCCAGGGUGGCAUCGGAGGAAUCAGGAAGAUCAUCAACGAGAUUCAUGUUAAAAUGGGCCAGGAGGAGUACGACGAGACGUUCAUUCAUCAUGACGGGGAGUACAUCACAGUGCAACGCGUCAACCCUCACACCAGGAAGGGAUACUUCUUGAUUGCGCAUACUGCCUUCCCCGGUUAUGGCAAUGGCAACGCGGGCUUCGGUCAGACCAAGCUGCCUGGAACGAAGGCCAAGCUUAUUGGAGCGUGGAACUUGGAAGUCGACAACAGCCCGGAGACGAGAGCCCGUAUCAUCGGCGACGAGACAACAUUACGUGGCUUACCUAGUCAGACCAAAGAGCUCCGAGGCGUGACUAUCGAAUCCGCCGACGAUACAACGAUCAUCAGCAUUCCUGACAAAUUUCCUCCCGGCAGUAUCGCCCUCUUCGAAACCUGGAUGCCCAGCGCGGAACAUGCUGACGGCCUGGACAAGCUCGUGACCAGCGGCGCGCGAGCGGCAUUCUCUGAUGUCACUCUGACUGACUUGAACUUCAUUCUAUACAAAUGUGAUCCGGAAGAAAAGGAUGCAUCAAAUGGCAGGGACGGAACAUACAACAUACCCGGCCACGGUACCCUCGUAUAUGCCGGUCUGCAAGGCUGGUGGAGUGUACUCCGCGACAUUGUGAACGACAACAACCUGGGUCACCCACUUUGCAAUCAUCUUCGUGAGGGCCCGUGGGCACUGGAUUACUGUGUCGGUCGCCUCGAACGAAUCUCGGAGAAGAGACAGUACCGCCACAUCAAAGGUCCUGCUAAGUGGCUGAGAGAACGCUUCGAUGCUAUUCGCAAACUUCCCAGCUUCCUGCUUCCCCGUUACUUUGCGCUCGUCAUCCAGACCGCCUACAACGCGGCAGUCGAUCGGGCGAUUGAGCUUAUGGGAGAGAAUGUUCGAACCGGGCAACAAUUCCUGAAAAGCCUUGCGUUGGUCAGCGUUCAGGUCACGGGCUACGUAAACAGUGCUUCCCUGUGGCCCGAGAAGAGUGUACCGAGCAUGGCUGCCGGUCUUCCCCAUUUCGCCACUGACUGGGCUCGGUGCUGGGGUCGCGAUAUCACCAUCUCUGCCCGUGGUCUAUACAUGGGAACUGGGAGAUACGCUGAUGCGAAGGAGCACAUUUUGUGCUUCGCCAGCGUCCUGAAACAUGGCAUGGUCCCCAACCUCUUGAGCGCCGGCAAACUCCCCCGGUACAACUCUCGCGACUCGAUCUGGUGGUGUCUCCAAAACAUUCAGGACUACACCAAGAUUGUUCCAAAUGGCUUGGAUCUUCUACAGGACAAGGCUAAACGACGCUUCCUCCCUUAUGACGACACCUGGUUUCCACACAACGACAAGCGUGCUUACUCUGUAUCCUCCACCAUUGAGGACGUCAUCCAAGAAUCGCUACAGCGACACGCCACGGGAAUAGAGUUUCGCGAGUAUGAUGCCGGCCCCAACAUUGACAGUCAGAUGAAAUCGGAGGGCUUCGAUAUCAAGAUCUGGACUGACUGGGAAACUGGUCUCAUAUUCGGUGGCAAUCAGUCGAAUUGCGGUACUUGGAUGGACAAGAUGGGAGAGAGCGAGAAGGCUGGCAGCAAGGGCAUUCCUGGCACACCUCGUGACGGCGCUCCAGUCGAGAUGAUCGGCAUGCUGUACAGUACAGUUCGCUGGUGUGCAGACCUGUACGAACAAGGCCACUACAAGUACGAGGGCGUCACGCUGCCUGAUGGCAAGACGACCAUCACCUUCAAGUCCUGGGCAGAGAAGAUCAAGGCGAACUUUGAGCGGACAUUCUAUGUUCCCCGCACGCCAGAGGAGGAUGGCGACUACGACGUCAACACCAAAAUUGUCAACCGUCGUGGCAUCUACAAGGAUUUGUACCGCUCUGGCAAGGAGUACGAAGAUUACCAACUUCGCCCGAACUUCCCUGUUGCCAUGGCCGUCGCGCCCGACCUAUUCGAUCCUGACCACGCCCUCUACGCCCUACAAAUGGCUGACAGGAUACUUCUCGGACCACAAGGCAUGAAGACGCUCGAUCCCUCGGAUCUCAAUUACCGCGGUUACUACAUCAACAGCGAAGACUCGACCGACUUCCACACUUCCAAGGGCCGCAACUACCAUCAGGGUCCUGAGUGGGUCUGGCCAACGGGUUUCUUCCUCCGCGCCCUCCUCAAGUUUGAUCUCAAGCGUCGCAAGACACCCGAAGAGCGCGUCGAGAGCUACCAACAGGUGACGAGGAGAUUGGCAGGUUGCAUGAAGGCCAUUCAGGAGUCUCCUUGGGCUGGACUCACGGAGCUUACGCAGAAAGAUGGCGACUUCUGCGGCGACUCGUGUCCGACACAAUCGUGGUCUGCUAGCUGCAUCAUCGAUUUGUUCCAGGAUGCACGAGAGUACGAACUUGAGGAGGCGGCGUCGGGAUCGGCGUAAGUUUUGUUUGGAGACGGAGUGGUGCGACUCGAUGCUUGGGCUGGUUGAAUCCCAGUUAUUAGAAAGGGGUGCAUAAAUACUGGACGCUGUUGAUACCUAUUAGAUCCUACAGACUUUUCUUCUUCAACCCUCCUGCCUUUCCAACUCGUUGUGGUGAUGAGUGAUGUUCAGAAACUUGUUUCAUUCUUUCAUUUCAUU